AAACGAACAAUAUCAAACCAAUCAGUGUGCCUGGUUAUUCAGUUCAAUGUCCACGAUUCAGUCCAAACGGUACUUACUUAAUUUGGCUUCAAAACCCCGUUGGUGGACCACAUGGCCAAUGUGUUUCUUUGGUUGGAACUCAAUGGCCAAUGAAGUGCAUAAAACCUGAGGUUCUAGUACCAAUCAUCAACAGUCCACACAGUGGUGGUGAUAGCAGUAAUACUGAUGGAUUUCCAGGACUAUAUUGUAAGUUAUCAGACCGUUGUUGGUCUAGCGAUAACCAGUAUAUAUUAGUCUCAUCAUGUUGGGGAUUCGAAGUUGUUGGACUUCUUAUUUCGAUAACUCAAUCAAUCGCUCAAUCAAAGCCAAUUAUAUACAAACUGCCUAAAUUAUAUUUAACAUCUGAGGGGACUCAAUUAUCAUCCAUAUCAAUUUUAGAUGUGUACGAUGAUAUUCUAGUGGCUUCUGUCAGUUCUCCAAUUCAUCCACAUCAUAUGGCUGUGUUAAAUUUAAAGAAUCUGGAUUCUGCUAAUUUGUCAAAUGAUCUUAAUCGACGUCCAUGGUUAAUUCUUUCUGAUGGAAUUGAUUUCAAACAAAAUCAUAUACGUUCAUUGAAGGGUAUUGAUUACUCGGUUCAUCAAAUAGAACUGGAAAAUAAAUCAAAUAACCGGAUUAAUUCAUUUGAAUGCUUACUAAUGCAUCCUAAACUUCAAAAUGACGGUUCAAUUGAACAAAUAGACACAUCUGACGUCACAUUCUCAAAAGAUCUAACAGAAAUUGUUCCAAGUAGACUUCGCGGUUUAAUUGUCAUGCCUCAUGGUGGUCCACAUUCACAUUCAAGCGCUUCUUGGUCUCCAAUUAUUGGCGGAUUUUGUGCAACAGGCUUUGCUUGUUUACUUAUUAAUUAUCAUGGAUCACUUGGUUAUGGCAAUACGUUUGUUCAAGAUUUAAUUGGACAUAUCAGUGAAAGAGAUGUGUCUGAUUGUGUUCAAGCUACUGAAUAUGCAUUGAAUUAUUUACAAAAGUAUGAUUCGAACUUGAAAGCAGUUUUAUUUGGUGGUUCACAUGGUGGUUUUCUAACGUUACAUUUAGCUGCACGAUAUAAAAAUUUAUAUCAUGUAGCUAUAGCUCGUAAUCCAGUUACAAAUUUAGUCAGUUCUAUUGAUACAUCUGAUAUACCAGAUUGGUGUUUUACUGAGUCCGGUUUAACAGAUUGGUGUGAAUGGCCUCUUGGUCAUUUACCGAAUUCCGAUGAAUUAAUACGUUUGUCAAAUCAAUCUCCAUUGAAAUAUUUAGAUAAAUCAUGGUCAAUACCUUUGUUAUUAUUGUUAGGUGGAAAAGAUCGUCGUGUUCCAAAUAGUCAGGGAUUAACAUUCUAUCGAAAAUUGAAAGCUUUAUGUCCAACUGUACCAUGUGAAACAUUUCUCUAUCCAUAUGAUUCACAUCCAUUAGAUUCACCAGCCUGUUCAUUGGAUGUUUUUGUGAACAGUGUAAAUUGGUUUAUGAAAUAUCUUAAUUUGUAAACAAAAAAAAGCAUAAUGUUGUAUUUUCUUUUUCUGUUUGUCUAUUUUUUUCUACUUUGUAAUAAUAAACAACUAUACACUU